AUGGUAGUUUAUACAGGAAGCUGCCAUUGCCAUGCUGUAACUUUUGAAGUCGAAGCACCAUCAGACCUUGUCGUGUGGCGUUGUGAUUGCUCAAUUUGUGUAAUGAAGCAGAAUCAUCAUUUCAUAGUUCCUGAAGCUGCAAUGCAUAUUUUAACUGGAGAAGAUGUACUUACAGAAUAUAGAUUCAACACGAAUGUAGCUAGGCAUUUAUUUUGUAAAAUUUGUGGAGUUGAAUCUUUUUAUAGGCCGAGAUCAAACCCUGAUGGUUAUGGAAUUAAUAUAUAUUGUAUCGAUAAAACACCUUCAACUUCUAUUAUUUGGCAAACCUUUGAAGGAAGUAACUGGGAAGAAUUUUAUAAAACAGCAGAUAUUCAAAAAUAUUCUAGGGUAAAUGAUUCAAAUACUUUAUAA